AUUUUCCAACAUCAUGUCUUCCGGCCUGAUGUCUUGCGUGCGAGAAAACUCGCCGCCGUUGGAGCUGGAUCUGAGUGGAGCGGGUCCCUUGUCAUUACCGGAAGGUAAUAGCAGAGCCCAUGGCUAUCAGGGACCAACCACAUCGACGCCCAUUGCCUGUCCGCUGGCCGUCGCAGAGGGCAACGAAUGUUUAACGAAUGCGGAACAUCAGCAGCAGCAGCAGCAACUCCAGCAGCAGCAGCAGCAGCAGAAACGACGACGCUUCCAUCCGCUGCGGAAUUUGCGUCGCAUCUUUCGACGUCGCACCAUCACUAGCGCAGACACUGGCGCAGCUGGCGGCGCUCAGGCAGGCGGAGCAGGAGCGGGCUUGGUUGCUGCACCUGGAUCGGGAUCGUGCAACACUUUGCCGCCACCGGCGAGCAGUUCCAGUGAGAAGAAUUUGCGCAGCGUUGCGUUAGCAGAGACUGCGUCCGCAUCCUCGCCAGCAUCGCCGCUGACGCAUCAGCAGCUCCACGAGAGCUAUCAGACGCAAUCGUUGCCCAAGUCCAAGUCCUAUGGUGCCCAUCGCGAUGAGUUGCUGAGCGUGCUGCUGGGCAAGAAGAGAGGGGCUAGCAAGCAUAUGAACAGCAGCUUGGAGCAGCCAGUCCAACAGUCUCAUAGCCACGCCCACAAUACCAGCAACACCCACACCCAGUCGCACUCCCACUCGGACGCCAUGUACCAAACGCAGCGACCACAAAUGGGCGUGGCCGUCUUCCCGGAUGCCAUGAGCAUGAGCCGCAGUGCGUAUUUCGCCGAGAAGCAGCGCAGCCACCAUCAUCCGCGUCAGCUGCGCAGCGUUGGCGACUCCUCGCAGGAUCUGGAUCUGGCCGAGGACAUGGGCGCCGCGGGCGGUGCAGCCGACAUGUCCGACAGUCAGCGCAGUCUCAGCGAGGAGCGACUGCUGGACGUAGACGUGGACGGCAGCAGUGGUUACACACGUGAAACUCUCUCCCAGUCCCAUGACAGCGUUUUUUCCGAAUCCGCUACAGCCAGCAGCCUUUCCAUCGUGCUGAGGGUGAGUUCAAUCAACUGCAGCAUA